AUGGAAGAAAUACCAAAACAUUAUAAGAAGUAUUAUGUGUCUCAUAAGAAAAUAAAAAGGAUAAUUUUAAAUAUGGGGAAAAAGUACAAAAAAAAACUCGAAAAGGGUCUAAUUCAAAAUACUGUUAAACACGCGGAUAAGCAUAGAAUUAGAAUGCUACCUCCUUUUUUAUAUAAUGAUAUAAUUAGCCACGAAAUAAAGAAAGUAAACAAAUUUUCUGAAAACAAAUAUAAUGAGAUUCUUAAAAAUUUAGUUGGUGUAUAUAAAGAGUUGAAAAAAAUGAGAUGUAAUAGUGAAUUGUUGGAAAAUAGAAAAGAUAUUGAAAAGGUUUUAGAUUUAAUAGGAUGUGAUAUAAUUCAUUUCGAUUUUUAUAUUCAGAAAAAUUUUAAAAUAAUUAUGAAAUUAGUUUUUUUUUUUGAUAAAAUAAUGAAUAUAUCUAUAAACCAAUGGGUAUUGUUAAGUUUAAUAAAAGAAAAAUUUUGUAAUAUUAAUAUUGAAAAUUUAAUAGUCUAUUUAUCCUUUUUAUAUUCUUCUCUGCGUUUAAUAAAUAGUAAUGAAGUCAAUGAUAGAGGUAAAAAUAAUGAAAGUAAAAAUAAUGAAACAUGGAUUCCCCCUGACACUUUUGAAAGAACAUCAAAUAAAUUUUUGGUCAAAUUAGAUCAUAUUAUAUAUACAAAAGUAAAAAUAGUAAAGUAUUUACCAUAUUUAAUAUUUGGAUUGAGUAAUGAUGAUAUUGAACAUAAUUUUAUGAGCUUAAUAGAGAAAGAAGAAAUAAAAAAAAAAAAAAAAAAAAUCGAAAAACCAAAUAUACACCAAAUUAAUGAGAUAAAUGUGAAUUUACCAAUUUCAAAGAUAAGAAAUGAUGAAGAAAAUAAAGAUAUAUUAAAUGAAAAAAAGCUUAAAAAAAGUCUAAAAGAAUCACAACAAAUAACAUCAGUAUAUUUUGAUAAUAAAGAUGCUACAUGUUUUUCAAAACGAAUUUUAAGAUAUGAAAAUGCCCAACUUAUUCGAUUUAGAUGGUAUAAUGAUAAUGAAUAUGAUCAUAAUAAAAUAAUUUUUAUUGAAAGGAAAAUACAUCAUGAAGAAUGGACAGGAGAAAAUUCAACAAAAGAUAGAUUUGAAUUAGAACAAAAAUAUGUAUUAAAAUAUAUGAAUGGAGAAUUAAAUAUAAGAAAUUAUUUUAUAAAAAAAUUUAAUAAAAAAAAAAAAGAACUUUAUAAAAUAGCACAUCAAAAAAAUAGCAUUACUGGACAAGCUAAUUGUGUGGAUGAAAAAAAAAUAAAAAAUUUGGAAAAAAAAACAAAAAAAAAUAUUAAAUUAGCAAAUGAAAUUCAAAAAAUGAUAUUAAAUAAUAAUCUAGAACCAAUAAUAAGAACCUCCUAUUUAAGAUCUGCAUUUCAACAAAGUACUGACAAUACUCUAAGAAUAUCAAUAGACACAAAUAUUUCAAUGCUAAACGAAUAUAUUAAAAAAAGAGAAUAUUGGUGUAGAUUAUCUGAGGAAGUUUUAGGAAAAAAUGAAGUUAUUCGUCUUAAUUAUGGAAUUAUAGAAGUUAAAUUAAAAGUUAAUAAAAUCCCUGAAUGGAUUACACAUAUCUUAAAUAGUAACGAAUCGAUAAAUUUAUAUAAAUAUUCUAAGUAUCAAACAGCUAUGGCUUUAUUACAUUCAGAAAAAAUAAAAUAUAUACCAAUAUGGGUAUAUGAAAAUAUACAUCAACGAUUUAAAUCUAAAAGCAAUUUUAGUGACAUUACUAUAAAAGAUUCACAUGGUCACAUUAGUGAUUUUGGUAAAAAUGAUUUUGUUCAUAAUCCCAAUUUGAAAAGAGUAAUUAAAAAUGAUGACAAUGAUAAUAUUGAUACAAUUGGAAAUAAUAUGAAUCAAUAUUCGCAUAAAUAUGCUUAUCCAACAAAUGGCUAUGCAGCAGAUUUUAACAUGUCUACAUAUAAUACGUUGGAAAAAAUGAAUGAAUUAGAAAAAACAUUUUAUUGGAUAAAUAAUAAAUAUAAUAAAAAAUUUAAAGAAAACGAAAAAAUAAAUUUAUUAAAAAUUGACCCUAAAAUAAACUUUGCUGCAGAAAGAACGUUUCUUCAUUAUGCUAUUGUAUCUGUGUACAUAACUUUAUUGGCUCUAUUUUUAGAUCGAUAUAAAAAUAAAAACACUAAUAUAUAUCUUGUUGUUAUUUUGCUAUUAAUAACUUCAUUCUCUUCACUAAUAUCAUCGUAUUUUUUUUUUUUAAAAAGAAAUUGUAUAAUUCAAAAGCGCAAAACUGGGGAAUCCAAAACAAAGCGUCUACGAUUUGACAGCUUUUAUAGCCCAUUAAUUUUAUUAGUGCUGCUUUUGUUUUCAAUUGCUUUGUCAAUUUAUUUUAAUUUUAAUUUCAAAGCUAAAACAUUGAUUUGA